UGCCCAGCGCUGCGGCUCGCUGGCGUCAGCAGGGCCGCGGCCGGACGAGAAGGCGGAAGAUGGCGGCGGCAUCCCAGAGUCUGUGAGGAGUGCGGUUUUGGCGAGGACAGCCAAUGACGGCGGGGAGGCACCCUCGGGGACCCGCAGUCCGCUAGGGCGCGACGGUGGGCGGCAUGUCGGAGCAUGCGGCACCCGCAGCCCCGGGGCCCGGGCCCAACGGCGGCGGCGGACCCGCCGCCGCGCGCGGGCCUCGCACCCCCAACCUGAAUCCCAACCCCCUCAUCAACGUGCGCGACCGGCUCUUCCACGCGCUUUUCUUCAAGAUGGCUGUCACCUACUCACGGCUUUUCCCGCCCGCCUUCCGCCGUCUCUUCGAGUUCUUCGUGUUGCUCAAGGCACUGUUCGUGCUCUUUGUCCUGGCCUACAUCCACAUCGUCUUCUCUCGCUCACCCAUCAACUGCCUGGAGCAUGUGCGGGACAAGUGGCCACGUGAAGGUAUCCUGCGUGUGGAGGUGCAGCACAACUCGAGCCGUGCGCCCGUCUUCCUGCAGUUCUGUGACGGCAAUGGCCGUGGCAGCUUCCCUGGCCUGGCCAUGGAGCCAGGCACCAGCCUGGAGCUAGAAGAUGAAGAGGAGGAGCUGACCAUGGAGAUGUUUGGAAACAGCUCCAUUAAGUUUGAGCUGGACAUCGAGCCCAAAGUGUUCAACCCACCAGGCAGCACUGAGGCCCUGAAUGACAGCCAGGAGUUCCCCUUCCCCGAGACGCCCACCAAAGUGUGGCCGCAGGACGAGUACAUUGUGGAGUACUCACUAGAAUAUGGUUUCCUGCGGCUGUCACAGGCCACGCGACAACGCCUGAGCAUCCCAGUCAUGGUGGUCACCCUGGACCCCACACGGGACCAGUGCUUUGGGGACCGCUUCAGCCGGCUGCUUCUGGAUGAGUUCCUAGGCUACGACGAUAUCCUCAUGUCCAGUGUGAAGGGCUUGGCUGAGAAUGAGGAGAAUAAGGGCUUCCUACGGAACGUGGUAUCCGGUGAGCACUACCGCUUUGUCAGCAUGUGGAUGGCUCGCACAUCCUACCUGGCAGCCUUUGUCAUCAUGGUCAUCUUUACCCUGAGUGUGUCCAUGCUGCUGCGCUAUUCUCACCAGCAGAUCUUCGUCUUCAUUGUGGACCUGCUGCAGAUGCUGGAGAUGAACAUGGCCAUCGCCUUCCCUGCAGCACCCCUGCUGACCGUCAUCCUGGCCCUCGUCGGUGAGGACCCUGCCUGCCGCCCCCACCCCACGCCCUGCCCUGCCCGCUCCAACCCGGCGCCGCCUCUCCCCGCAGGGAUGGAGGCCAUCAUGUCUGAGUUCUUCAAUGACACCACCACAGCCUUCUACAUCAUCCUUAUUGUGUGGCUGGCUGACCAGUAUGAUGCUAUCUGCUGCCACACCAACACCAGCAAGAGGCACUGGCUGCGGUUCUUCUACCUGUAUCACUUCGCUUUCUAUGCCUACCAUUAUCGCUUCAAUGGGCAGUACAGCAGCCUGGCUCUGGUCACUUCCUGGCUCUUCAUCCAGCAUUCUAUGAUCUACUUCUUCCACCACUAUGAGCUGCCAGCCAUACUGCAGCAGAUUCGUAUCCAGGAGAUGCUGCUGCAGACCCCACCCCUGGGCCCCGGGACUCCCACGGCACUGCCUGAUGACCUCAACAACAACUUGGGCACCCCAGCCACUGCUCCUGACUCUACUGGCCAGCCCCCUGCCCUGAACCUUGGCUCUCAGGAUGCUGGCGGGAGUCCUGGGCCUGUGGCCACAGCACCCAGCUCCCUGGUGGCAGCAGCAGCUUCAGUGGCUGCAGCAACUGGUGGUGACCUCGGCUGGAUGGCAGAGACAGCUGCCAUCAUCACAGACGCCUCCUUCCUGUCCGGCCUGAGCGCCUCCCUCCUGGAGCAGAGGCCACCCAGCCCCCUGGGCUCCAGUGGGGGCCUCCCCCAUAUCCCCCAGGACAAUGUCCCAUACAGUGACUCCUUGGCAUCUGACACAGCACCCCCAGUGGCUACAGUGAGCAGGCCCAGCCCUGUGUCCAUGGUCCCAGUGGACACAACCUCAGAGGUUGGGUCCUGAGCUACCACUGGCAGCUGAGUCGCCUCUGUCCCUGGCUGUCCUCAGCUGGCUGGGUGUGACCUGGCCAGGGCUCUCCCCCUUCCUUCGGGACUGCCCAGCCUGUUUUGGUUGGUUUCAGGGUUUCAUCAGGUUUGCCUGGGAGGUAGGGUCUAGCCUGGGGCUUGUCCCUGUCAGUGAGCUGUGUUUGUGGUGACCAGUGAGGAGAGAGGGUGGGAACUUCACAGAAGGUUCUAGAAGGGCCCUAAUGAACAGUCUGGAGCAAACAGUCCAGAGGGCAGAGCCAGGUACCAAUAGUGCAGGUCUGUGAGUGAGGUAGGGAGGAUGGUGAGGCAGGAUGGGCUGGGCAGCAUGACCUCUUGCUGCCCCAGCCUUUGGGCUUGGCUGGCAUUCUGGCUCUGCCUGGUGCUUUUGUGCAGUGCCUUUUCCACGCCAGGCCCCACCACCACCACCACCACAUGCACACCAGGCUUGGGGUCCCUGGGAGAGCAGAACUUGUGCCUCGGGUACAGGGACAUAGGGUGCAGGCACCAACAUCAGUGGCAAGGACCGGAGUCGGGGUCAGCCCUGCUCAGGUUGAGAGUGGGCCAGGUGGCCAAACCAAUCACUUGGUGAAGACUGCAAAGGCGAGCUCAUUCCAUUCUAUUUAAUUGAAGUGUACAGAAUUGUGUUUGUAUAUAGAAUAAACUGUCGACAGCG